AUGCUGGGAAUGAUGCUUUUGCUCGGCCUCUUGGCCAGUCUCUUCUUCAGAUUUGUGAUAUGGGCCGUUUUCGUAUAUCUGCGAGAUCCCAAAGGCCUGAGGAAAUACCCUCUGCUGCAUCCAUUGUCUGGCAUCUCCGACAUUCCUUUCAUGCUGGAAUCGAUGCGUGGAUUCCGCUCUGCUACACUCCUGCGGCUGCACUACGGACAAGGCCAUCCAAUCAUUCGUUUAGGGCCGAACGCUCUGUCCUUUGCAGGAGGACAAGCUAUCCCGGCUAUCUACGGACAUAGUACACCAACUACCAAGGAUCGGCAAUAUUUGAAUGCGGCGGGAUCCCACUUCCACUUGGCUGAUGUCGUCGAUAAAAAGGAACACGCGCGAAAGCGAAAAGUGCUCGCCUCUGCGUUUGCCGCUAAACACCUUGAAGACUGGGAGUACAAAGUGGCAGACAAGGUACACCGUCUCAUGCAACGCUUCGACCAGCACUUGGUACAAAUGCCGGACGACCCAUUGGAUUACCGAUCCUGGACCAACCUGUUCACGAUCGAUAGUCUCUGCGACAUCUGCUUGAGCGAGCGACUGAACUGCAUUGAUCGUGGCACCGACAGUGUGACCGCUGAGGACUUGGCAGGUCGGACCAAGGAGGUCUCAUUCCGCGAUUGUUUAUAUGCCACGUUCCACAUAGUGGGAGAUCUUGUCUGGUCAUAUGAAUGGUAUCAUGUGGUCUCCUGGGUACUGCAGCGUUUUAGUCGUCAGUAUGCUCGCUUAUCCCAACUCGGUAACGGCUGGUCUCAACUUGUCCACCAUCUGACCAAGCGUCGGUGGGAGCGCUAUGUCCGUGAGGAGCCGAUUAGUGAUAUAUUUGCCGCUCUUAUGGAAGAUCCCACGGGAAACCCACAAGAUCUGGAGUGGGGUGAGGUGCUGGCAGAGAUAUCCCUCGCCAUCAGUGGCUCGUCCUCCACGUCCAAUUCUAUUGCGAGCACCAUGCAGUUGCUGAUUGAGAAUCCGGACAAGAUGCGCAAACUACAAGAGGAAGUAGACUCAGUCAUGUCGACACAGCUGGAUGACAGUCCGGAUGGGGACGCGCCCACGGUGGCCUCUUACGAUCAGAUCAAGUCUUUGCCAUAUCUGAGAGCGGUCAUUGAUGAGAGUCUCCGGUUGUAUCCACCAAUCUCCCAUGGCUUACCCCGAGAGACGCCAAAAGAGGGCAUGAUGAUCAUGGAUCAGUGGGUGCCUGGAAACACUACUGUUUCAGUGUCCGCAUAUGUUGCCCAUCGAGAUCCUUCUGUUUUUGAUCAACCGGAGUCUUUUGUACCAGAAAGAUGGUUAGGAGAGCAAGGGCGGGCCCUGCAAAGCCGUUUUAUCGCCUUCUCGGCUGGUGCACGAGGCUGUAUUGGGCGCCCGAUCUCUUAUCUACAAGCCAGCAUCCUUCUAGCUAGCCUGGUGCACCGAUAUGACUUUGAGAUGUGGGAUUCGAGGUGUAAGCCCAGCAGGCGGGAAACAAUGAAUCUGAUCAUGGGUCCGAUGCCAGUGAGGAUCCAGAAACGCAGCACAUAG